UAACUGAAAGAUUCAUUUAAGUGAUUAAGUGUUACUCUAAUCAAGUUAUUUAGAAUUGAAAAUAAAAGUGUGUGAAAAUAAUAAAAAAAACUAAAAGUGUGUGAAAAAGGAUAUCUAAAAAGGACAUUCGAAACUAUUCAACUUUAAGGACUUUUUUGAAGGAUUAUUUCUAAAUAAUACAACUUUAAAAUGGAGACACUCAAGGACGAAAAACUUAAAGAUGUCGAUAUCGGAGAGCAACCAAUUCCAACAACUGUACCACCACCUGAACCAGCUCCAACUGUAAAAAAUGAAGUACGCAAGUUAAUGCGUUCUGGAAGACGGGUUGCGAGAGUUCGCACUUCGAUAAUAACCGACAGAGCAGCCAUAGUUAGAGCAAGAUUACGUGCCAAACUAUUACGUAAGAAAACUGUUAAAACGAGCGAUGGUUCAAAACCCUCAAGCAGAUAUCACUUUCGCCAAAAAUAUUCUGAAAUACCAAAAUUAAUUGUGCAAAAAUAUGAAAUGUACAAGCAGCUAAAGGACUUAAAGUCUUAUUUGGUUCAAGUACAUAGCAAUGCACCAAAGCGAAAAGUUAAAUUCCAAACAGUGAAAACGGAAGAAAAAGUACGACUGCGACUUGAAUUUGAAAAUUGGAUGGGACACAAGCACGGAAUGCCAAAAAUAGAACCUAUAAGUGAAGACGAAUCUGAACCAGAAAAAGUACUGUAUACAUCAGAAAUUAAAGUUAAAAAAGAAGAAUUUAAUACGAAACAAAAUGAAAAGAUUAAGCAAGAUUAUAAAGAAAUUCCAUUUGAUAUGCAACAACAACAGAACAAUGAAGUAUCAAACAAUAAUGAUACUUACCACUUUACUUCGCAGUUGCCUACUAUAAAAGAGGAAACAUUGGAAUUAAUGGACAUGCAAGAACCAAUUUUCGAGGAGGUUGUCGAAGACGGAGUGGUAGUUGAAGAAAAUGGCAAUUAUUCACAGCAUUUAGCUCCUACUCAUAGAUCAGCAAUAUAUGUUCCAAAUUUUCGACUGGUUCCAUUGGCUGAGACGCCAUUCGCUACUCAAAACGCACAUAAUCGUGUCUAUGCAACACUUGAAGAGUUUUUUGCGGAUCGAAUUCGAUUGUACUCUCCUUUAAUAGAAAUAUGUUUGGCUACUAUGGGGCAGGAAGAAUUCGAUGCAUUUCUCUGGUAUGCUUUCGUACCGCCAGCAUCGUUACUCCCAGCGAAUACUGUCCCGACUGUUCAUUUAUACUGGAAUCCACCAAAUGAUAAUGUCAAUGCACACUUUUUUGGAUGUGAACAUGGAUAUAAUCAUAUUGACAAUGCUGAAAUUACUGACGAUGAAAUUGUAAAUAAUGAAGAUGUUGGUGUUGUAAGUACUGAUGGCAAUGAAGAUAAUAUUGACAUUGAAAAUUUUGAUGACGAUGAAGGAAAUGUUAACAUUGGUGAUUCUGUUUCUGAUAAUGACAAAAAAAAGGUGGAUAUGGAAAAUUCUGAUAAUGAUAAAGAAAAUGUUGAUUUUGAAAAUUCUGACGAUGAAAAAGAAAAUAUUGAUAUGGAAAACUCCGAUGAUGAUAAAGAGAAUGUUGAUAUUGAAAGUUCUGAUGAUGACAAUGAAAAUAUUAAUAUAGAAAAUUCUGAUGCCGAAAAUGAAAAUGUUACAAACGAAUAUACUUUAAACGCAGCAAAUGUUGAAAAGGAAAAUAUUAGAAAUGAAGAUAUGGAGAAUGAAUAUGUAGAAAAUGAACAUUUUGAAAAUGCUGGUAUAGACAGACCACAAGGAAAUUUUAACCGCUAUAAUGGAGACAAUAAUUUUAUUAACGAUUUAUAUCGUAUCAACAUUCGAGGCCACGAAAUACAACCACCAUCAGGACGUUAUCAUAAUAAUUUAUUUGAUCCAUAUGCACCACCGGAAUGGUUUAAUGGCAUUGGAUAUCCUGAACAUGUAUUGGCAUCUUAUCAUCCAUUUGGCUUUGAAGAACGCAUUUAUAUUGGCAGCCAAAUUAUAAAUGAAGAGUUUAAUGCGUACAUCCGAUAUGUCAGUCGAAACAAUUAAUUUUGAAAAUACCGUUUUAAUACGGUAUAUCAUCCAAAAAUUAUUAAUCUUAUAAAAACAUUUUAACUGGAUGUAUACCACGAGUUUAGUACUUAGAAAUAGCACUUAAAUAUUCUAUACUUUAUAUAACUAUUGGGAGAGGGGAAUAUAUAUAAUCUAUCUAGAGUGAAUUCAAAACGUUUCACUAUAUUAUCGUAAACAUUUAAUAUUAUUAACUACAAACCUUUUAUUCAAUAAAAGUUUCAACGGCAAUGUACAUGUUCGUCAGUAGCGAAUAUUCUGUAUCUAUUGCCAACAUCUCAAGCGAGUGGAGCACUCAAAUUGUAUUGUCAGCUUUUACAAAUAUCUCAGAUACGAAGUUUACCAAACAAGGAAAUGUCUAAGAGAAAAACAUUACGACUUCAUAAAGGCUGACUGACAAUUGAUGUUAGAGUCCUAACAUUGCUCUUUGCGUAACAGAUUUUCAAUUCUGUAUAUUAUAUUAUAA